AUGAGCCUCGUAUUUUACGGCAUCUCCCAGCCCACUUCUUCGCCCGGUGCAGAACAUUGUAUCCAGUUAAUUGGCGAAUUCAUUAUCACUCGCCACUCAGUCAGAUAUCAGUGUCUCUUGACCGAAGUGGCUGGUCUUAGCCUGGAGGAGAUUCAAGACAUGGUGGUCGCCGAGAAAGGAUUCGCGGGCAAGCUGGCCAAGCUCUUCGUUUGGCAACUCUGCUUGGCUCUUCAGUAUUUACAUGACGAAUGUCGCGUUGUCCACACUGAUAUCAAACCAAACAACAUUCUCCUGUCGUUUGAGCAGUCGCUCAGGGACGAACUCAUCAACAUUCAUCUGGAGUCUCGCCCUCCAAAGAAGUACCCGGUCCGCCGUAUCGACGGUGUCGAUGUGGAGACUAUUGUGUCCCAACCGCUACCUGUCCCAGGAUAUUUGACGCUUCAUGUCCCGCAGUAUACUUUUCAACUUUCGGACUUUGGGUCUGCUCAGUUCUUGCAUCAGAAACGAACAAAUCGCAUGCAACCACUGCAGCUGCGAGCGCCUGAGAUCAUCUUGGGACUGCCUUGGGAUGCCAAGGUCGAUAUCUGGUCAUUCGGAUGCGUGACUUUUGAAACCCUGGUAAGCAGGAAGCUCUUCUCCAUCCCAGUUGAUCUACAGUGGCCAGACGACGAAUACAUGCUUGCCAAAUACCUCGAGAUCCACAAUCUCGACCGGGUUCCUCAACACAUGUGCGAGGGAGCUCAGAACGUUGCAAAUAACGAUGGCACGUUGCGCCACAUUCCAUCGAACAUAUUGCGUCCUGCUAGUGUUAGAGAGCGCCUAUUGCAGCACCAGGUGUUCAUCGUGACGGACGAAGGGGACACCGAGCUGGAUCUCGCUAUCUCAUUCAUUGAGAGGUGCUUGGUGCUGGACAAGAAUGAUCGUGCGUCUGCUUCUGAGCUGUUGAAGCACCCGUGGUUGGAGGGCGUGCCGGAGAUCAGGGAUAAAUUGGUGGGAAGAUGUUGA